CCCAGGCUGCCAACAGCGUCUGGGCCCGCGGCCUGCGCACCGCGCCCGCCCACACAAAGGUGACGGCCCUGCUGCGAGCUCACCCUUCUCCAGACUCUGCAACAGGGGUGUCAAACGAUCCGAACACGCUGCACCGCCUCAACCGAGCGGGGAAGGCAAUCCUCCACAAACACCCCGAUCCCUUCACGAGCAUCCCCAAACCCUCCUGGGUCACCAACCGCUGGGCGCCCGGCUCGAUGUACCUGGGCGUGCUGAGGAAAGAUGGUGACAAGGAGAAGAUGUGUCUGACAGAGUGCAGGAAGGAGCAGGAUGAAGUGGAGGCUUUCUGCGCCAGCGAGUUUGCAGUGAAUGGAAUUGUUUAUAACCUGGAAAGCCUGGGGAAUGGAGUCCAGUGGAUUACCCUCUUGGUAGACAGUGAUGGAUUGUACAAGAUGAGUCGCCUCUAUGUCACUCCGGACGCCGCCUUCUUCCGAGUUCACAUCCUGGUUGUGGAUACUUUAAACUGCAGUAAACCAUGCCCAGACUUUAAACUUGGCAGCAGGUACAUCGUGAUGGGGCACAUCUACCACAAGCGCCGGCAGGUGCCCGCCGAGCUGCUGCCGGCCCUGGGCGGGCGGCUGCGGCCAGGGGACGGCUGGGUCGGGAGCAGCAGCAGCUAUGUGAGGAGAUUCAACAGGAAAAGGGAUCUCAGGGUGAGGGCAGCACGCUCCAAGUGUCCAUAAGGCUCUGAGGGCUCCGUCCAGGAUGUGGGAGCAGCAGGAUCCACCCCCAGAACACACCUGGCUGUGGGCAGUGCUCUCGUCUGGAACUGCAAUCCAACACCUGCUUUUGUGCUUUAGCGAACACUGGGUGCCUCGAGCAGGCACCCUUGGUGAGGUUCAGCACUGAAGUCAGUCUAGGGAAUGUUAACUGGCCCUGAAUUUGCUCCAGCUGCUUUCAGAGCCACAGGUUAGUGUUGCUUCCCCUGCUGCAGUGUGCCCCAAAUAAUCUGUAGUAAGUGUAAUGCAAAAUUCUGGCAGCUUCAUCCUCAGUAGACAAAAACUGCACUUUGAACCCUUUACCUUGAACAGUUUAUAUGAUGCCACAACUUUAUCUACACAGGAUGUUCACUGUGCUUUCACAGUUCUGCCUAAAGUAUCACAUGCAUUUGAUUUCAGAGAAACCAACACCACUGAGUACCAUUUGUAUUAUUUUUGUCUCCUCAACCAUGUCCAUGGUAUUUUUGAAAAUUACACCAUUAUUCCAGCAGAGCUGGAUGUUCACACAAAGCAUACAGAAUAGAGUGUAAUAAUUUGAGUAUAUGAACACACUGACUGAAAGCAAAUCAAGAACUGCAAAACAUAAAUGGCCAGUUGCAUUUACAAGUGACAGCGCAGGGAAUGCAAAAUGAGCAUGGACUGCACACACUGGGUGUGCCUGGGCACUUCAUCCGAGAGCUGUGCUGAAUGCCAUUCCCCAGGAGAAAUAUUGCCAAGCUUGUACUUGCACAAGAGUAAAGUUACUUUUUAAAUCAAAAAGACAGUAUUUUAAUACCUUUAAUGUGGUGAAAUUGAGAUGUUUGUUGUUCCUGGUCAGUAUUCGCAGAUAAUAAAUCUGUAAAAGAAACUAAUAAAAUGCUCAUGAGGUUCUG